GGGAGUGGGGGGUUCGGGGCGGACAAGAAGACCGCUGCACAAGUGACUUCAAACACCGCGCAACAUUCGCUGCAGGAGCGCUGAAGGUCCGACCGUCUCCGUCUCUCGUCGUCAUGUGGCUCGGCUUUUAAAAGCGUCCCGGCUCCUGCCUCUGCUGUUGGGGAGAGGACAAACCACCCUGCACCUGGUGUUCUUUUGGCAGAGUUGUGCGCCAACUGGUGUCUGCCAAAGCAGUGAGACGGCACGAGGUGGUGGAUACUUCUCCUGGUUUCGGGACUGCGCCGCAUUCCAGCCCGGAGCGCAGCGCUCAGGAGUCGGACCCAGUGCGCUCAGUCUCUCCGCUCCUGCUCCUCUUAAAGAUUUUUCCAGGUUGUUUUCACAUACAUCGGGACAUCAGCAAUGCAGAGUGAGAACUGCCUUCAUUUGCGCUAGAGAGAUAGACCUCAACACAUCGCGCGUUUCCCCACCUGACUGGAUUUGGAUUUAAUGCCCUUUUUGGUUCCGACCAUGAGUGGAUGGUGGAUAUUUGUUGGCGCUCUGGCGGGGCUUCUCACCGUACCCCGUGGGAUACAUGGAGCUUGUAUCUACGAGGGAUCGCUGUAUGCGAACAACACAUCAUGGAGACCGCAGUCGUGUCAGGAGUGUACCUGCUACAGCAAUGUGGCCAUAUGCAGGCCCACCCACUGCCCCAACCCACAGUGUGACUUCCAGAGGGGUGAGCGUUUGAGGAUCCCAGCCAACAAGUGCUGUCCUGAGUGCAUCUCCUCAUCCCAGGGCUCCUGCCAGUUUGAAGGAGUCAUUUAUGGACAUGACAGCCAGUGGAGUCCCUCGCCCUGUUCAGUGUGUGUUUGUUCCAGAGGGAGUGUAUCCUGCAACACUCGUCCCUGCUCCCCUCUCAGCUGCCCUGCGGACCAGAGCCCGUUUAUCCCAGCUGGAGAGUGCUGCCCCGUGUGUGGCCGCAAUGGAGAGUCUUGCUCCUGGCAGGGGACUGUGUACAGAGACGGUGAAGAGUGGAAGCCCAGCCUCUGUUCCAGAUGUGUCUGCAGCAACGGGGAAGUCCAGUGUUCAGUCGCAGAGUGUCAGCAAGUGGCCUGCAAACCGCACGAGAACUUGGUGAUCCAGCCAGGCCAGUGCUGUCCUCAGUGUGUGUCCAACCCCUGUCUGUCUGCUGGUAAACAGCACCAGCAUGGCGAGCAGUGGCAGAAGAACGCCUGCACCACAUGUGUGUGUGACCGGGGCCAGUCUAAAUGCCACACACACACCUGUUGGCCUGUCACCUGUGACAAGGGUCAGACCAAAGUGAAGCGUGCUGGUCAGUGCUGUGAUGAGUGUGCUGUUGCCAAGGGAAGCUGCCUGUACGAAGGCGCCGUGCGUUACAAUGGAGACAUGUGGAACGGUACAGGCUGUGAGUUCUGUACCUGCAACCGGGGCCAGGUCCUUUGCCAGAGGGCAGAGUGUGGUCGUGUUGAAUGCCUGCAGGGAUCAGAGCUCAUUCAGCUGCCAGGGAAGUGCUGCCCAGAGUGUUCCUCUCUGAAACCCUCCUGUUUGUACGAGGAGAAAUCCUACAAGGACCUGGCUAGGUGGACUGAUAGCAGUUGCCGGGAGUGUGAAUGCCGUGAUGCCCAGGUGACUUGUUAUCUGCGCUCCUGCCCCACCUGCCCGCCGGGCACCCUGGUCAUAACCCAUGAGGGCCAAUGCUGCCCUGAGUGUCGCCAAGUCCUGUGCCAUGCAGACUGCCUGUCAUGUUCGGGGACUCCUGACCAAUGUGAGAGCUGCAGGGACCCAAAGGCCUUCCUCCAUCUUGGCCGCUGUCUGUCCGUCUGUCCAGCUGGCUACUAUGCUGAAGGACGAUUAUGUGCAGCCUGCCAAUCAUCCUGUGCCACCUGUUCCAGCAGGUGGGACUGCCAGUCCUGUGGCUCCUACCUGCCUCUGCUGAGCGCAGAUAGCGGCCAGUGCCUGGCUUCCUGUCCUCCUGGUUCGUACCAGCACGACCACACACACUGUCGCCGCUGCCAUGAGUCAUGCUCAGAGUGCCGUGGGCCGGGCCAGCAGGAGUGCUGGUCAUGUUCGGACCCAGCUGCCUUGCUCAAAGAGGGGGAAUGUGUUCCUGACUGCGGUGAUGGUUUCUAUGGUCAAGAAGGCGUCUGCUAUGCUUGUGAUUCGUCCUGUGCCUCCUGUUUCCCUGACAACCCCAAGUGUAUGAGCUGUUCCCGGGGGACCGCCUUGCAUCAUGGGAAAUGUAUUUCCCAGUGUCCAGCUAAGCAUUACCCCGAUAACCACAGCAGAUGCAGAGGCUGCCACAGCUCCUGCGCUGCCUGUUGGGGUCCCUCAGUAUCCCAGUGUACCUUGUGCCCAUCUGGGCUCCUUCUCCACCAAGGCCAGUGUGUGGAGACCUGUGGGGAGGGACUCUACUCCCAGGACAACACCUGCCACAAUUGUCAUCCCUCUUGUCGUUCCUGUGUGGGACCCUUGGCCUCAGACUGCCUCCGCUGUCUCAAACCAGAGGAAGCCCUCCUGCCGCAGUCCAGUCACCUCCAGCACGGCGUCUGCACAGCUGGAUGUCCCGCUCACAGGUUUCUGGAUUACAUGCAGACAUGCAGAGAGUGUGAUCCCUCUUGCUGGCUCUGUACUGGGCCAUCUGCAGACAACUGUACGUCCUGUCCCUCUCCAUCCAGCCUGCACGAGGGCCGCUGUGUCUCAAGCUGCCCGCAAGGCUUCUUCAUCCAGGACAACCAGUGCCAAGCAUGCCACCCGUCCUGCCAAUCUUGCUCCGGGCCCUCCCAAGCCGACUGCACCUCCUGCCCCUCGCUGGCCUCGCUACAGAGCGGCUACUGCAGGAUGAGCUGCCAAGAAGGGCAUUUCCUCAACGCCGUCACUGGAGAGUGCCUCACAUGCAGCUCAGACUGUCAGCGCUGCACGGCAGAUCUUAUGACGGGCAUCGGCAGUGUUUGUCUGUGGUGUAAAGCGCCGAGGAGCUGGCUGCUGGGCGAUCACUGCGUCUCCCACUGUCCCCGGGGCCACUACGCCUGGCAUGGAGCCUGCAUCAGAUGCCAUCCGUCAUGUGAUGCCUGCAGUGGGGCGGGGCCUCUCUCCUGUACUUCCUGUCCCACCAACAGCGUUCUGUUGCCCUCGGGUGUCUGUGCUCCCAUAUGUCCUCUUGGUUACUAUGACAACGGUCACAGGAUCUGUAAGGCAUGUGACAGCCAGUGCCUGACGUGCGACACGGCCGAGAUUUGUACGGCAUGCCGCGACCCGGCCAAGGUGCUGCUGUUCGGAGAAUGCCAAUAUGACAGCUGCGCCCAUCAGUACUACCUUAACACCACGACCCGGGCCUGCAGAGAGUGCGACUGGAGCUGUAACGCCUGUAAAGGCCCUCUGCGGACAGACUGCCUGCUGUGCAUGGAGGGAUAUGUGUUGCAAGAUGGAGUGUGCACCCACGGGUGCUCCCCUGGCUCAUUUCAGGACGGUGACAAAUGCCUCGGCUGUGAUGAUCACUGUGUGGAGUGUCGGGGUCCUGGACAGUGCCAGCAAUGCCAGCCUCCCUACGCCACCCUGCAGGGUCAAUGUGUGCUAGAAUGUGGCAGAAAAUUUUUCCUGGAUGCCUCCUCCCAUAGCUGCAAAGCUUGCUCAUCUGACUGUGUGCUGUGUGACGGUGUUGGACGCUGCAGAGCUUGUCGUGAGCAAACCUACCUCAUGGAAGGAUACUGCACACCUGACUGUGGACAUGGAUACUAUGCCGACCAUAAGACCAGGACCUGCCAUGUCAACACCCACCCCCCUGCCCUCCAGGUGAAUGGCUCCCUGCUGGUUCCCCUCGGUGGUUUUGCCCCGCUGCCUCCCACCCUGCUGCAGUUGAAGGACCCUGACAGUCCAUCUGAGCGGCUGAUCUUCCAGCUCGAUCAUGGCCCGAGUAAUGGACAGCUGGUUGUGUUCAGAGGGGAGGAAGGAGAAGAGAAUGGAGGCCAAAGGACAUUAGGUCGAGAACUGACCAGGGAGGACACCUUCACCUGGGCAGAGCUGAGAACUGGCCGGGUUCGGUUCAGACACCAAAAAGACAAAGCUAGGACUGGUGAGUUCACCUUGCGUGUCGCUGACCCCCAGUUGUUUUCUCAACCACAAACAAUUCAAGUUCAAGCUGUGUCAAUGCAGCCUCCGAGGGUCGUGACUCUAGCUCCCUUACCCGUGGAUGGCCGUGGCGCCCUGGCAACCAUCACCAAGUCGGUCCUGCAGGUCGACGACCCCGACAACCCAGCCGAUGUCCUGGUCAUGGUCCUUGAACCUCCCCGCCAUGGCCGGCUGACCCGUCUCCAUGGCGACCGGGCACUGAGCCGAUUCAAGCUAGAGGAGCUGUCACGGGAACAGAUCCAGUACAUCCAUGAUGGCUCAGAGGGGACAGAGGACGGGGUGGUGGUGCAGGUCAAUGAUGGGCACAGCUAUAGGAACAUUCUCCUGCAAAUCUACAUCAAUCAGAAGGCUGCUGACUCUCCUCACAUGAUGUCUGUGCCGAUGACCUGGGUGAAGGAAGGAGGCAUGGUGCGACUAGAUAAAAAAUACCUACAGGUGGACUACAGGGGGGUCAGCACUGACAACAUCGUCUACACCAUCCACACCUCAGAUGGAAAACCCAAAUAUGGUGAGGUAGUGCUGGUGUCCAUGCCAGCUGACGGCCCGGCAGAAGGCUGGCGUCCCUCGCUAACCGACGACCGAGGCUUCACACCUACGACUUCCUUCACUCAGCAGGACGUAAAUGACGGCACCGUCUGGUACCGCCACUUUGGCGGGGCGACCAACAGUGACUCCUUCCAGUUUCAGGUUUCCACAGAGGCGGCCCCUGUCACACAGAGUGAUGCCCAGACCUUCACCAUUGGCGUCCUGCCUCAGAUCCCAGGAUUCCCCCAGCUGGGCCCCGACUGUGACCUACAGAUCACGGCUCUGGAGGAUCGGGUGACAGAGAUAACGCCUUCAGCUCUGUCCUUCAUUGACUCUGAGACUCCCAGCGAGAAGCUCAUCUACAACAUCACCAAACCCCUACCACAAGGCCAAGGUGCGAUCGAGCAUCGGGACAUACCUUACACACCGGUGAAACAUUUCACUCAGGCUGACGUCAAUAAUGGUAAGAUCAUCUACAGACCACCACAGGCCCCGUCACACCUUCAGGAGCUCUACCAGUACUCCUUUAUCGGUCUGCCGGAGUCGCUGAGUGUCUAUUUCACAGUGUCUGACGGUGAGCACACCACUCCGGAGCUGGACUUUGCCGUCCUUCUGCUGUCGAACCAUCAGCAGCCGCCGGUGUUUCAGGUUCUUGACCCACUGCUGGAGGUCACCGUGGGAGGACAGGCCACCAUAGGCGGUCAGCAGCUCGCAGUGAGCGAUGCUGACACAGCUCCAGAUGAGCUGGAGUUUGAGCUGGUGGAGGCUCCCAUCCACGGAGAGCUGAUUAAGACCGACGGCAGCACACACACCAGCAUGACCAACGGUGACACCUUCAGUUUCAGCGACGUCACCCGCAACAUUCUGCUGUACCGGCACAACGGCCUCUCCACGCAGGACGACACCAUCACCAUCUCUGUUAGCGACGGCAUCUCCAUGGCAACCACUGUGGUGCAGGUGGCAGUGCUGGGCGCCGGGGACGACGGGCCGCAACGGGACCCGGCCGCCACACUGUCGCUGGAAGUGGGCGAGAAAAGCAGCACUGUGAUCAGGCGCUCGCACCUGGCUUAUACUGACAACACCUCCCCAGAUGACCAGAUUCAGAUCCAGCUGGUGUCAGUGCCGAUGUACGGCAUCCUGACCAGGAGCCAGUCCCAGCAGGAGCACCAGGAGCUGAGGGAGUACUCCUCCUUCACCAUGGAGGACAUCAGCAAGCACAGGAUCAGGUACAUCACAUCCUUAGAGACGGGCAGCCAGCCGGUCACUGACAUCUUCCACUUUGUUGUUUAUGACGGAGAUAACAAUCGUCUUGACAACCAGAUGUGCACCAUCACCAUCACCUCCAGCCCCAGACAACCACCGAUGGUUGUAGUCCACAGCGGCAUCAAGGUCCCAGAAGGUGGCCGAGUGCAGCUGUCUACCAAUCACAUCAUAGUGUCAGACCUCGACACGCCCAGGAAGGACCUGCUAAUUUGGCUCCUCAGUCCUCCAAAAUACGGCUUCAUCGAAAACACAAAGAGAGGAGGCUCAGUUGGCGGCUCGCGGCCCGUCACCCCUGAUGUGCCUUUCUCUGUGGAGGACCUGACGUCGGAUCACAUCUUCUAUGUCCAAGACAGCCAGCACAAAGCUCGGGACAAACAGGACGUCUUCAGCUUCUACAUCAGCGAUGGACACAGCCAGACAGAGGCUUUCAACGUCGAAAUAGACAUCCAGAGUAAAGAGGACAGAGAGCCUGUGGUGUCGGUCAGCAGCAUCCAUGUGGAGGAAAACUCUGGAGUCGUCAUCACCAACUCGUCUCUCAGCGUCCACGACCAGGACACACCAGAGAACGAGAUCCUCUUCACCAUCAUCAGGAAGCCUUCCUACGGCAAACUCCGCAGACGGCAGUUCUACUCUCAGCCGCUGGAGAACGGCCGGGUCCUCACACAGGGUUCUACCUUCACCUACCAGGACGUCCUGGACCAGUUGCUGGUCUACACACCUGAAACCGUCAGCGGGGGUACAGAUGAAAUGGGUUUCACCCUCACCGAUGGCAUCUAUACCCACACAGGCCAUCUCGAGUUCACCAUGGAUGUCAGAAGGAGCGAAGGACCCAGAAUGACCGUCAACAGAGGCCUGCAGCUCCCGGCAGGAUCUUCAUCUAAGAUCACAGAGCAGAAUCUGAAGGCUACAGACAUCGACUCAGACAGCCUGAAGAUCAGGUACGUCCUCACCAAAGACCUUCCAGCCGGCAAAAUCCAGCUCAGCAAGAACGGACGUGUGGAGAAGAUUUCUGUUAAAGGGCCCGUGCAGAGCUUCACUCAGGAGGACGUCAACAAAGGGCUGCUGCAGUACAGCCAUGAGAAAGGGGAGAAGGGAGGCAGCCUGUCUUUCAAGUUCAACCUGGUCGAUCCGGAGGGCAACAAACUGAUCGACCAGUCCUUCUUCAUCAGUGUGCUCGAGGACCGCCUUCCUCCGUCAGUGGUGGUGAACAAAGGCCUGGUGCUGGAUGAAAACUCAAUGAAGAAGCUUACCACGCUGCAGCUGUCAGCCAGAGACCAGGACAGCGAACCAGGCGAGCUCAUCUACCGCAUCACCAAACAGACGAGCCUGGGUCACCUGGAGCACUCCGCCAGCCCAGGCACCAGAAUCAGCACGUUCACCCAGGCCGAUCUGGCAUCGCGCAGCAUCCAGUACGCCCACACCAGUGAAGAAGAGAAGCAUGCCGACCAAUUCUCCUUCACCGUGUCCGACGGGACAAAUGAGGUUGCCCAGAUUUACAUUACCAUCAAGCCAGUGGACGACUCCCUGCCUCUGCUCCAGGUUCCUGGUAUGAGGGUCCAGGAAGGAGUGAGGAAGACCAUCACCGAAUUUGAGCUGAAAGCCACAGAUGCAGACACUGAAGCGGAGUCCAUUGUCUUCACUGUCGUCCAGGCUCCACGUCACGGCACCAUAGAGCGCACGGGCAAUGGCCAACAUUACCGGCAGACCAGCAGUUUCACCAUGGAUGACAUCUACCAGAACCGCAUCAGCUACAACCACGACGGCUCCAACUCGCUCAAAGACCGCUUCACCUUCACUGUGGCUGAUGGCACCAACCUGCUGUUCAUGGUGGAAGAGGGCAGCAAGGAGAUAGUGACGGCUGCACCACAGAAGUUCAAGAUCGAUAUUCUGCCAGUUGACGAUGGCACUCCGCGUAUCGUCAGCAACCUGGGACUGCAGUGGCUGGAGUACAUGGAAAACAAGGCUACCAACCUGAUCACCAAGAAGGAGCUGCUGACUAUGGAUCCAGACACAGAUGAUGGACAGUUGGUUUACGAAAUCACCACAGAGCCAAAGCACGGCUUCCUGGAGAGUAAGCUGAAACCUGGAAACCCCAUCACCACCUUCACACAAGCUGAUGUAAACUUGGGUCUGAUCCGCUACGUGCUGCAUCAGAAGAACGUUCAGGAAACCAUGGACAACUUCAAGUUCCUGGUCAAAGACAGCAAACCAAACGUGGUCAGCGACAACGUCUUCCACAUCCAGUGGUCACUCAUCAGCUUUGAGCACAAAAGCUACAAUGUGAGUGAGAAGGCCGGCACGGUGGCUGUGACGGUGAAACGAACAGGUAACCUCAACCAGUACGCCAUCGUUCUCUGCCGCACCGCAGGCAGCGGCACCUCCACCAGCAGCGUCGGAUCUCGUCCGGGCCAGCAGGACUAUGUGGAAUAUGCUGGACAGUAACUGUGCUUUACCAAUGUACAGUUUGAUGAGCGUGAGGACACCAAAGUGUGCACCAUAGUGAUUAACGAUGACAAGGUGUUUGAGGGAACUGAAAGCUUCCACGUGGAGCUGAGCAUGCCUGUGUAUGCGCUGCUGGGCGGAAACACGCGUGCCAUCGUCAACAUCAACGACACAGAGGACGAACCAACUCUGCAGUUUGAUAAAAAGACCUACCACGUCAACGAGAGCACUGGCUUCAUCCACGUACCCAUCGAGAGAAAAGGUGACACCUCCAGCACCGUGUCUGCUCUCUGCUACACCGUGGGCAAGUCAGCUCAGGGCAGCAGCCUCCACGCUCUGGAGUCCGGCUCCGACUACAAGAGCCGCGGCAUGACCAAUGACAACCGCGUCAUCUUUGGCCCCGGCAUCAGCAUGUCCACUGACGUUAAGCUCAUCGACGACAGCGAGUAUGAGCUGUCUGAGGAGUUUGAGCUGGUGCUUUCAGACGCCUCGGAUAAUGCCCGUAUGGGGGACGUGACGCUGGCCAAGGUCGUCAUCGAUGGACCCAACGAUGCUUCGACGGUUUCUCUUGGGAACGCCACCUUUACUUUCAGUGAAGAUGCUGGCACAAUUGAAAUACCAGUGCUGCGCCAUGGCAGUGACCUGUCCUCUGUGACUUCUGUAUGGUGUGCCACCCGACCUUCAGAUCCCCCCUCAGCCAGCCGGGGGUCGACUACAUCCCCAGCUCCAAAGGUGGAGUUCAAACCUGGAAAAACUGAGGAGACCUGCAGUUUGACCAUAAUGGACGACAUCCAGAACCCGUUCGAAGGAUCUGAGUCUUUUGUGGUAUUCCUCAGUUCCCCGCAAGGUGCUGUCCUCCAAGAGCCCUAUGAAGCCAACGUUGUCAUCACUGACACCUUCCAGGACAUUCCCAGCAUGCAGUUUGAGAAGAGCGCCUACAUUGUGAAGGAGAAAGACAGUGUCCUGCACAUCCCCAUCAUCCGUACAGGUGACCUGUCCUUCAAGUCAUCAGUGCGGUGUUUCACUCGGACCAUGUCGGCCAUGGUGAUGGACGACUUUGAGGAGAGGAAGAAUGCUGAUGAGUCACGCAUCACUUUCCUCAAAGGAGAAGUGGCACUUAUGGUGGAGGCGGGGCACCAGUGGUACCUGCAGGUGAUUUAUGUGAUCAGCCCGGAGUCGCGGUCCAGCCCCAGGAUUCAGCGCUCGUUGACCUAUGAGCUGAGCCGCUCCAAGCGCGACCUGGUUGAUCGCAGCGGGCGUCUGACGCUGGACGAGUCGCUGAUCUACGACAAUGAGGGCGACCAGGUGAAGAACGGCACCAACAUGAAGUCGCUCUACCUGGAGGCCGGGCCCACAGCAACCUUCAACGCCCACAUGGGCAGCACGGUGGGCGGGGGAGUGGCAGCCGUCACCCUGCUGGUCCUGGUCCUGCUGGCCUCCUGCUUCCUGUUCCGCCGCUGCCGACAGUCGGGCAAGAAGAAGAGCAAGAAAGCUCAGAAAGUGUACGAGGAGUAUCCGCUCAACACCAAGGUGGAAGUGUGCAUGGACAAGUGGGAGAAGAACUUCAGCAGCAAACACUGCACAGUGAGGAACAUCAACAUCCUCAACCGCAACCAGGAGCCCAACGGCAAGGCCAAGGUCAAACAGGUCAACCUGGAGGUCAAACUCCACAACAACCUCAACGAUGGCACUGAGGUCUGAAACACUGACGAGGAAGGAAAGGAGAGGAGGAGGAAGAGGAGGAGGAGGAAGUAAAAUAAAAAAAGGUAUUUUCUAAAAGAAAGUUUGUACUUAAGGAACGAGAUGUUUGUUAAUGUAUUUUUAUACCACUUUGAAAAAGGGAAGAGUGUGACGUGCAGACAGAUACGCAGCGUUGUAAUCAUUUCGCAACUGGGCUACCUCAGGAAUCCAUAAACCACUCAGCUGCGUGAAACAGCCAAAACAUCUGCGUCUGAUCAUCCAAACUCUAUCUGAAGCUGUGGCUAAUUUCAUCACUGUCUUACUUG